GACUUCCGGCCGGUUGCGUAGGGGCUGUAGCGCCGGCAGCGCCCAUUGUUGUGGGCUGUGUACUAGUAGGGUAGGGGUUUUUGUUCAGGGACCAGCGGAACGAGGCUUUCUGUCGUUAAUAGGUUUCUGGGUAAAUGGCCCAACCAGAGAGUUCUGCAGAUUUUCGCAUAGCUCAACAAAAUAACUAUUACUGCUACUGGCAAAGUCUCCCCUCUGCUAUUAGAGUGAAGCAGGAGUUCCAGCCCAGCCAGAGUUACCGCUAUGGCAACUGGUAUGCGCGACAGCACGGCUCUUACCUUCUUUCUGGCUACAGCUAUGGCUGUGCAGUGGACGGAAAUGGACAGGACUGUUUUUCUGCGCAUGAGACCCCUGAACACACAGCUGGAACUCUGGUUAUGCCUAAGGAAACCACACCUCUAGCUGAAAACCAAGAUGAAGACCCACUAGAAGUGAUGUGGUCUCAGUAUGUUGCCCAGGCUGAUCUCAAACUCCCAGAUUUAAGCAAUUCACUGGUCUCAGCUUCCCAAAGUGUUGGGGUUACAGAUCCACAUCUUCAUUUGAAUAUUGAGGAAUCAAACCAAGAGUUUAUGGUGAAAAGUGAAGAACUCUACGACUCCCUCAUGAAUUGCCACUGGCAGCCUCUGGACACAGUUCACUCCGAAAUUCCAGAUGAGACCCCGAAGUGAAGCAAGGUGUUCAUUAAACUCCGCAAUUAUCAUA